AUGGGAGAUGAAAUGAAUUCCCAUUGGAAUGAUACAUCCCAAGAAGAUGAAAAACCUUGGGAUGAUAUCGAAGAUCGACCCACCUAUACGGUCGAUUCAGAAGAAUUUGAAGAAGGAAAUUCUUCAAAUAAUCACUACAACCAAACCGUAGAGGAAAAUCGAUCAAAUGAUUCUUCUCAAGAUACGCUUGUCGAAUCAAGCGUAAACUAUCAAAUAGAAUUAAUUUUGUUAAUUCUAGUUAUUAUCCUGGCUCCCUUUUCGUUUAUUUUUGUAUGGAUUCUUGGAGGUCUUCUGCUCCUUCGAACAAAAAUCCUAAUAUUGAAAUUACGGUUGGCUGACGAAGAUUAUACGAUGAUGAUAAACCCUUUUGAAAUUUUAUUCAGCCAGUCGACAAUUAACUCUUCUUUUCGGAAUGGUGGAGACAUCGAGAAAACCAUUAUCGAGCUUGUUAAUGGUAGUAUUCGAAUCGAAGAUUUUCCACAUAUUCAAGUCUGCAUUAUCGACGAUAUGAUCUUCUCUUCGAAUAAUCGUCGGCUUUACAUAUUCCAGGAAGCAAUUCGAAGAGGAUUAAAAGUUGAUAAAAUUCCAGUUCGAGUUCGACGAUCAACAGAUUUGAAUAUUAAAUGGAAAUUGGAAGGCUCAUAUAAAAUU